GAGUGUGCCUUUAAGAAGAGCCCCGAUCUCCCCACUAAAUCACUAUCGUCGCUCUCCGUAGGAAAGCUGUGGCCAUGUCUUCCAGCUCUGCUUUCAACGAUGAAAAGGGGGGGUCCUCGAGCGUCGGGGAACCCGAAUACGGCCACGAUCCUGCGAGCGGGGGGAUCUUCUCCUCCGAUUACAAGAGACAUGAUGACCUGAAGGAGAUGCUGGACAGCAACAAGGACUCACUGAAGCUGGAGGCCAUGAAGAGAAUUGUAGCAAUGAUUGCCAGGGGUAAAAAUGCUUCAGACCUGUUCCCCGCAGUGGUGAAGAACGUGGCCUGUAAGAACAUUGAGGUGAAGAAGCUGGUCUAUGUGUACUUGGUGCGCUACGCAGAAGAACAGCAGGACCUCGCUCUGCUGUCAAUUUCCACCUUCCAGAGGGGGCUGAAGGACCCAAACCAGCUGAUCCGAGCCAGCGCCUUGCGGGUCCUCUCCAGCAUCAGAGUGACCAUCAUUGUACCUAUUAUGAUGCUCGCCAUCAAGGAGGCCGCCUCGGACAUGUCCCCCUACGUCCGCAAGACUGCUGCCCACGCCAUCCCCAAGCUCUACAGCUUGGACCCAGACCAGAAGGACCAGUUGAUUGAAGUCAUCGAAAAACUCCUGGCCGACAAAACAACGCUGGUGGCCGGCAGCGUGGUGAUGGCUUUUGAGGAGGUGUGUCCCGAACGCAUAGACCUGAUCCACAAGAACUACCGCAAAUUGUGCAACCUGCUGAUCGAUGUGGAGGAGUGGGGCCAGGUGGUCAUCAUCAACAUGCUGACACGCUACGCACGUACUCAGUUCCUCAACCCCAAUGCCAACGAGUCCCUCCUGGAAGAAGGUGGGGAAAAGACCUUCUAUGGCUCUGACGAGGAGGAAGGGAAGGAGGACAAGGUGGAGGCUGCCGCCCUGGUAGUCAAGAGGAAGCCCUAUGUGAUGGACCCAGACCACAGGCUGUUGCUGCGCAACACCAAGCCCCUGCUGCAGAGCCGCAACGCAGCAGUGGUAAUGGCUGUUGCCCAGUUGUACUUCCAUCUGGCCCCCAAAGCAGAAGUUGGGGUCAUCGCCAAGGCCCUGGUUCGACUCAUGAGGAGUCACAGCGAAGUCCAGUAUGUUGUGCUACAGAAUGUGGCGACAAUGACCAUCAAGCGAAGAGGGAUGUUUGAGCCAUACCUAAAGAGUUUCUAUAUCCGCUCAACAGACCCCACCCAAAUCAAAGUCCUAAAGUUGGAGGUACUGACCAACUUGGCAAAUGAGACUAACAUAUCUACAAUUUUAAGAGAAUUUCAGACCUACAUUAAAAGUAUGGACAAAGAUUUUGUUGCUGCCACCAUCCAAGCCAUCGGCCGUUGUGCCACCAACAUUGGAGAGGUGAGGGACACCUGUCUGAAUGGACUAGUCCAGCUGCUGUCCAACCGCGAUGAGCUGGUUGUUGCUGAGUCAGUUGUGGUGAUUAAGAAGCUUCUCCAGAUGCAGCCUGAAAAGCACAGCGACAUCAUCAAACACAUGGCCAAACUCACUGACAACAUCCAGGUGCCCAUGGCACGAGCGAGCAUCCUGUGGCUCAUCGGCGAGUACUGCGAGCAUGUUCCAAAGAUUGCUCCCGAUGUCCUGAGGAAGAUGGCUAAGUCCUUCACCAAUGAGGAAGACAUAGUCAAGCUUCAGAUCCUCAACCUGGCAGCCAAGCUGUACCUUACCAACUCCAAACAGACCAAGCUGCUCACUCAGUAUGUGCUCAACCUGGCCAAGUAUGACCAGAACUACGACAUCAGGGACCGGGCACGGUUCAUCCGCCAGCUUAUUGUGCCCACAGACAAGAGUGGUGCCCUCAGCAAGUAUGCCAAGAAGCUCUUCCUGGCAUUGAAGCCAGCUCCAGUACUAGAGUCUCCAUUUAAAGACAGAGAUCACUUCCAGCUCGGCUCCCUCUCUCAUCUCCUCAAUGCCAAGGCUGGGGGCUACCAGGAGCUGCCCGAUUGGCCGGAGUCCGCCCCUGACCCCUCUGUGCGCAACGUCGAGGUUCCUGAAUGGACCAAGUGCAGCAGCCGUGAAAAGAGAAAGGAGAAGAAGGUGGAGAAGCCAUUUUACUCGGACUCAGAGGGGGAGUCCGGACCCACAGAGUCUGCAGACAGCGACUCAGAUACGGGCAGCGGGUCAGGAAGUGGCAGUGACAGCGGCAGCGAAGACAGUGGCUCCGAGUCGGGCAGCGAGGAGAGCGAGGGGGAGUCUGACUCCGAGAAGGACGAGAAGGACAAGAGGAAGAGUGGCAAGAAGAAGGCCAAGAAAACUGCCCCAGAAAGUGAGGAAAGUGAGCAAAGCAGCACAGAGGAGCAGAAGAAGUCAACAAAGAGCAAGGAGCCUAAGGACAGAUCAGACUCAGAGUCUGAAGAUGAGGAGGAGAGCUCCACAGAGAGCAGCGAGUCCGAGUCUGAGGAAGAAUCCGAGUCUGACACGGAUGCCAAGAAGAAGAAAAAGACAAUUCCAUCCAAACCUCCACCUAAACAAGCCAAGAAAGAGAAGAAAGAGAUGUCCCUUCUUGACCUUGAUGACUUUGAGCCAACCCCUUCCCCUCAGGUCACUCCUGUGUCUAACUUCGUGUCCAGCAGCCUGGCGACAGAUCUAGAGGGGCUGUCCCUGACCGACACAGCCCUCUCUCCCUCAGCUGCCAGCCCCACGUGCGGCCCGCUGAAGACAUAUGAACUGCUGCACCGAAUCACUGGCGAGGGCCUGGCGGUGACCUACUGUUUCAGUCGCCGGCCGUUCACAGGGGACCCGCAUAUGGUGUCUGUGCAGAUCCAGUUCACCAACAACACAGAGGUGGAGGCACGCAGUCUGCGGGUGCUGGAGCCCAAGCUGCAGUCCGGCAUGCGCAUCGCAGAGUUCCCGGAGAUUGAUGUGUUGCCCCCAGGCGAGAUUUCCACUGUGGUUAUGGGUAUUGAUUUCUGUGAUUCCACACAGGCAGCCAACUUUCAGCUCUGUACGCACACCAAGAAGUUCUUUGUGACAAUCCAGCCGCCUGUUGGGGAGCUGAUGAUGCCAAUCUUCAUGACUGAGAAUGAGUUCAAGAAGGAGCAAGGACAGCUUAUGGGUAUGAACGAGAUCACGGAGAAGCUGACCUUAGGCGAGGGGUGCCGGGGAGACCACGUCAUCAUUCAGAGGGUCAUCUCCACAGCCAACCUGAGCCGAGUGCCCUGUGGAUCAGCGAUGGAGUGCAGCCUUCCUCUUCCUUGCUCUCGCAUGCUGGCCUCCAGGUUUGCAGGAAAGACGGUGACUAGCGGCAGCUUGGUGCUGGUCACCGUGGUAACAAAGGAGGAGCGAGCAGCCCAGGUGACGGUCAACUGCGAGAAGAUGCUGAUAGGCACAAUGCUAGUGAAGGACAUCCUCCAAGCCUUGUCUCAGUAACGGAUCUCUCAGGGACAGCUGAGUUAUCUGCUUCAUGUCCUCCUUUCCACGAGCCUUCUCUUGUUCAUCUCGCCCAUGGCCCAGACAUGUACUGUUCACCUGACACUUACUACCAUCACACUAGUGCACUGGAAAUAGUUUAAAAUAUGCCCGCAGACAUUUUGAUGCUCUUGAGAAUUAGAUCUGGUAAGGUACAAUACCACAGUGUCUGGAUUUUUUAUGACAUAGUGCAUGUAUUUUUUCCUUUGUCUUUCAAAACAAAUUAUUUAAUUUCUGAUGUAUUAUAAUGGGAAGGUUUGGCAAAAAAGGCUCAUUAUUUAUUACAGAAUUAUUGUUCCAUCUUUUAUCAGUCUUUUAGAACACAAAUACCGUAAAAAAAAUAUACCUCAGAUGACUAUACAGCAAGUACCCACUGGACUCAUACUACCAGCAGAACGAUAAAUAUUUUAGAAUAAUUUUAAAAGCCAGAGAAGGUGUGAAAAAACUAUAUGGGCAAUGAAUUUGUAACAGUUGUAAUUUCCUAUUUUGCAAAGUACUGCACGGUAAAAACGGGGAAAACUGAGAGAACAAAUACUUUAUGGGUAUAUUGAUGUUCGCGUCAUAUUCAUUCAGUAUAUAAAUAUUUGUAAAUUAUAGCGACUGCAAUACAUCUAUAUUUAGAUUCAUCUAAUCUGCAGUAGACUGUUGUGUUAUAUAUAAAUGGUUUAAAAAAGAACAGAGUGGAAUUUGUGUACACCAGUGCUCUAUAGCAGCUGAACGCUGAGGUUGUUCGCCUUGUGCGGUUGCUUCAGUGUCUCAUCGUAAUCAUCUCUGCCCAGUGAGAGUGCAGCAGGUGGGUUAUUGUGUGCAUAUUUUAUGAAGGAUAGAUUAAUUUAACAGAACUGCAAGUUAAAACUCUUCUAAGUAAUGCAUUAACCUAUCACAGAUAAUGUCCAAAGCACGUCUGCAGCAAACACCUGUGAUACAACUGUGCUUUUUGUUGCCGGAGAUUCACGUUUUACUCAAACUAUUUUUUUUUUUUCUUCCCAAUGUGCUCAUGCAACACAUUUUCCAAAAGUUUUUUUAAUGUCACUUUUUCAUGAAUGCUUGAAUGCAUGAAUAAAUUAUUUUCUGGUAGGUUUUAUAACUGGUUUUGGUAACUGGUAAUGCUCUGUUUAAUUAUUUGCAUUGAUCUUUGUGACUAGGUUGUCACUAAUUACGUUAUUAAUAGAAUAUAGAUUUGUAUCUAUAUGCAUUGACUGGGUGUCUGUCUUAUUUAUUUUAUUGUUGUUUUUAUAGAUGCUCUAGAAAACCCUGCAUUAUGUAUAUUGGUGUCAAAAAUCGAAAAAUACAAGGGAAUUAUGUUUCUUUGGAUCAGAUAUGUAGAAUGUAGUCCUAUAAUUGUAAUUACUGUGGUUUGCGAUGCUGCGAAUGCUGACGUCUGUGCUGAAAAGGCAAACUGAGAGGAUAGUAUCUGCUGAAGCAUUAAUCUGGGGUUCAUUUGUCUUGGAAAUAUUUUAAACUGCCUUUGUGUCACUCAAUCACCUCUGGUCUAACCAAGCUUAAUAAUAAAAAAGCCACCUUAGGAAGAUAAACAUACAAAAGUGGAAGCGUAAUUAGGUGAGCAUCAGACUGUAUUAUAUUUGUGUUUAUUCACUGCUGUGUGUGGUACUUGUUGUUUUGGGCCAUGUCAUGUGUGAGAGGUUUUACAGCGUUACAAAGAGAAUUUCUUCAAUUUCAGGCAACUACAAGUAACGUGUGUCCGUUGACUCCUGUGUGGUUGUGGGGAAAAAAUCCCGUUUGAAUACUACUGCCUGAUUAGAAGAUGGAGUGUAUUAAUAAAAGCAGAAGAUGGACAGAA